GUCCCAGUGGUCCCCAGGGAAGUCAGGCAGUGGCAAAUAAACACCCAGCCACCACUCGUCUCCACGUCAGGCAUACAGCCUUUCUGGAAUCAGGAGGGAACACUUUUCCCUGCCCCUCGGGGUGGAGGGAGAAUUCUUCCUAUGAAUGAGAGUCAGAUAUGAACCCCCAGGAUGUUGCCGUUUUGCUUUGGUUCUGGCUGCGAAGGCUUUUAUCUUCUCCGGAGGUUGUGCUCCAUCAGGUUGUGGCACAGCCAGGGAACACCGAGGGCGUUAGGACCAAGAGCGAGAGGCUCGCCUGGCUCUGGCUGUGUCUGGCAGAGGGCUCUCCCAGCCUGAGCACCGCGGCGCUACGUAUGAAAGGAAAACAGGCACUGCCUGCCGGCUUCACGUCUGUGUCUGUUGAUCUGACCCGACUUGAAGCAUCCAAGGGAGGAUGGCUGUUAGCGCCGCUUGACUGAGGACCCACAGCUCACCCCAGGCAUCUCAUAGCAACCUGCCCAUUCAUGCAAGGGGGACAGAUGAAACACAUGGGAACCAAACACCUGAGCAGCAUGGAAUCGUUUUUUUUUCCUGAGGAGCAAGAGGAGCAAAAGGGGGACAAACAAUUCAGUUUGAAAUCCCUGUGAAUGGACUUUCAGAAGGCAAUUAAACGAAUCUACCCCAGGUCCUUGGGUCCUGCAGCUUUGUUUGCAAGUAGAAGAGCCUCUUACACAGGCUGUUGGCAAAUGUCAGAUGGAAAGAAAGGAGCAGGUUAAAUGAGAGGCAAAAAGCCUCUAGGUGGAACCAGGGAGCCAGGUUCUGCUUCAAGCUUGAAGGAACCCAGAGCAGGAUGAAAAAGUGAAGUUGAACAUGACCUGUUGCGUUUGGCAAGUUCCAGCAACAUGCUCUUAAGGAAGCAAUACCGGCACGGGCCGGGCAGACUGCAAUUCCUGCUGCUGUUCCUGCUGCUGGGCUGUGUGCUGCUGACGGUGGUGAUGCUGCCCCCUCCCCCGCAGACCCCGCCCCAGGCUGGCACGGCCCAGGCCGGCAGGCACAGCUCUGAAGCCAGGUACCUCCUGGACUUCGGAGAAUCCCCGGAAUGGGUGCUGGAGGCUGAGGACGAGGGCCAAGAGUACAGCCCCCUGGAGGGCCUGCCCCCCUUUAUCUCACUGCGGGAGGAUCAGCUCCUGGUGGCUGUGGCCUCACCCAGGGCCAGAAGGAACCAGAGCCAGAGCUGGAGAGCUGGGAACUACCGGCUCAUCAAGCAGUCGAGCAGGAGGCAGGAUGAGGAGACCCCAGAGAGGGACUGGGAGGCCGAGGAGGAGAAUGGGGAGGUAUCUGAUGAAGAUGAGCUGGCCCCGUUCGGCCUGGACCCCCAUAGCCUCAGUGAGGCGCUCAGCGCCCGCAUCCCCCUGCAGAGGGCCCUGCCCGAGGUGCGGCACCCACUGUGUGCACAGCAGCACCCCGGGGACAGCUUGCCCACAGCCAGCGUCAUCCUCUGUUUCCACGACGAGGCCUGGUCCACCCUCCUGAGAACCGUUCACAGCAUCCUCGACACAGCACCCAGAGCCUUCCUGAAGGAGCUCAUCCUCGUGGACGACCUCAGCCAGCAAGGACAACUCAAGUCUGCUCUCAGCGAAUACGUGGCCAGGCUGCAGGGUGUGAAGUUGCUGAGGAGCAACAGGAGGCUGGGUGCCAUCAGGGGCCGGAUGCUGGGGGCCACCAGGGCCACGGGGGACGUGCUGGUCUUCAUGGACUCCCACUGCGAGUGCCAGCCGGGCUGGCUGGAGCCCCUCCUCGGCAGGAUAGCUGGUGACAGGAGCCGGGUGGUGUCUCCAGUCAUAGAUGUGAUUGACUGGAAGACUUUCCAGUAUUACCCCUCCAAGGACCUGCAGCGCGGAGUAUUGGACUGGAAGCUGGAUUUCCACUGGGAGCCUUUGCCGGAGCAUGAAAGGAAGGCCCUCCAGUCUCCUAUCAGCCCCAUCAGGAGCCCUGUGGUACCAGGCGGGGUUGUGGCUAUGGACAGACAUUACUUCCAAAACACUGGAGCAUAUGACCAUCUCAUGUCACUGCGGGGUAGCGAAAACCUUGAACUGUCUCUCAAGGCCUGGCUCUGUGGGGGCUCCGUCGAAAUCCUUCCUUGCUCUCGGGUGGGGCACAUUUACAGAAAUCAGGAUGCCCACCCCCUUCUUGACCAGGAGGCCACCCUGCAGAACAAAGUUCGCAUUGCUGAGACUUGGCUGGGGUCGUUCAGAGAAACCUUCUAUGGGCAUAGCCCUGAGGCCUUCUCCUUGAGCAAGGCUGAGAAGCCGGAUUGCACAGAACGCCUACAGUUGCAAAGGAGGCUGGGUUGUCGGACAUUCCACUGGUUUCUGGCCAACAUCUAUCCUGAGCUGUACCCAUCUGAACCCAGGCCCAAGUUCUCUGGAAAGCUCCACAACACUGGACUUGGCUUCUGUGUAGAUUGCCAGGCAGAAGGGAACAUCCUGGGCUGUCCCAUGACACUAGUUCCCUGCAGUGACAGCCGGCAGCAACAGCACCUACAACACACCGGCAGGAAGGAGAUCCACUUUGGUGGCCCACAGCACCUCUGCUUCGAUGUCAGGCGAGAGCAGGUGAUUCUUCAGAACUGCAACGAAGAAGGCCCUGCCAUCCAUCAGCAGCACUGGGACUUCCAGGAGAAUGGAAUGAUUGUUCACUUCCUUUCUGGGAAAUGCAUGGAAGCUGUGAUGCAGGAAAACACUAAAGACAUAUAUUUGCGCCAGUGUGAUGGAAAAGCAAGCCAGCUGUGGCGAUUUGACCAAGUCCACCCUGUGGAUGAACAAUGAAUGCCAAUGUCAAAAGGAAAAGAGAAUUUUGGCAUUAGGCCAGCUCCAAGGGAAGUAAAACAUCAUGUAUAUUUCAUGAAGCAGACCUUUUUUUGCAUAAGUAUUCCUGGUGAUAGGAAAGAAGAAAGCUCCGUGAAAGAAUAUAGAAAGCCUCUCCUUCUCACACCUUAUUUCAUAUGUGGCUGGCAGUUGAAAAAGGAGAAAAAAAAAAAAACAAAAAGAAAAAAAUUAUUCAUUGUCUUAUUGUCUUCACCUGUGGGAGAUAAUCAUCACAUAGUCUAGAAAGGUCUGCUUUUUUCCAUUGAGCAGUUAACAAUUGCUUUCACCUCUGCCUAGGGAAAGAAGCCUGGACAUCUCUAGCAGCAACUGCAGGAUACAUAGAUCCAAAGGAUCCAUGUCUUUGUCUUAAAAUGGCCUUACCUUGGAUUGUCUAUUUGGUCAACCAUGAAAAUUAGAGUAUGAACAUGGUGUAAUGGCCUGACAUCACAAAUCCUUUGGACUAGGCUUAUUAGCACAAAUUUCAUGCUCGUUGAUCAAACCAUAGUGCAGAAGAAGGAAGGGUAGAGUUGGAAAAAGACGGAAGAGACAGUUGGCCAAAUUAUCCAACUCAGCCUAGCAGCUGAAAAAAGUCAGUAGACCUGGAACAAAACAUUGUCAUGUAAAUGAGAAUUUCCUCAGAACUUUCUACCUCUGUCGACCUUAUCAUAACCCUUCUCUAGUUUGGUUAACAUAACCAGAUUCCCUUGCAAUGUAUUUCUCUUUAAUCCUUGGUGGAAGGAUCAGUCCUGUCUGAGCAUGCCUAUUGACAAAGGUGUUUACAAUUGAGAAACUGUUCUGAUGCCCUGUUUGCAUUGACUAGAUCAAAAACAGCAAGCUUUGCCAAGUAGCAAACCUCUCUGAGUGGGAAAUGACAGAGUCUGAUGCAAAAUUCUAAUGUAAGAAAACAGAAUUGUGUGUUAAUUUCCAUGAGGGAGUGAUGGGGCCAUCCCCGAGACAAUAAGCACUGCCAGGGACCCCAAAAUGUGCCCACAGUUUGAACAUUCACAAGUGUGGGAAGAAAAAGGCAUGUUGGCUGAUGUGUCUGCCACCUCAUCGAGAGCAGGGCCAAUGCUGAUAAGAGCUGACCAACUCUCCGUGCAAUGAUCUUGUCCACCUAAUUCAGCCGUAAGAGCUGAGUAGGGUUGGUUCUGCCGUGAAGAAAACACCUUCAUGCCCAUGUCAUCCCCAGAUGGAGUUUGCUCUCCAGAUGAUUAACUUAAAACCAUCUCCUCAAAUAUGCUGAUUUUCUCUGGGCUCUCUUAGACCACAGUAUGUUUCAAAACCUAGGUAAGAAGUGUGUUUCUAAACAAUACUCAUCUUAAUUAUAGAUUCCUUUUCCACCUGCUUAAGUCAACAGACCAAUGCUUUUCCUUCCUCAGUAUGCUUUCUAGACCUAUGCUGUCCAAUAGAGUAGCCCCAGCCAAAUGUGGCUAUUUAAAUUUAAAUUCAUUAAAAUGAAAGAAAAUUAAAAACUCAGUUCCUUGGUUUCUGUAGCCACAUUUAAAGUGCUCAGAAGCCAAGCAAAACUAGUGGCUACUGUUCUGGAGAACAUGAGCAUUCCCUUCAUCACAAACAGUUCUAUUGGACAGUGCUGCUCUAGAGAGAUUGAUUCAUCAUCCCAUCUAGAGAAGAGAUUUUAGCUACAGUCUUCUUGCUUCAGACCUAUCUAUAUUCAAAACAAAUUCCUGUAGCAUCCUGAGGCUGAGAAGAAGCUACAAAUUCUCAGAUGACAACCUAGGCAAGGGUAUUAAUGACUGGAGAAUAAAAAUUAAACAAGAUCUCUAUUUUUUUAAAUGAACUUUAUUAUUGGCAUUGUGGGUGUUUGAAGUUGCUGGGAUAAAUUAAUAUAAUUAAAUAAAAGGCUGAAUUCAA